AUGUUGUGCAACGCCAGGUCGAUCAACAACAAGGUUGAAGUCCUUCGGGACUUCAUACAGGAACAGCAAGUGGACCUGGCGUGCAUGACCAAGACCUGGUGUGGAAAGAGAUUCAGUCGGAAUGACAGUCUUCAACUACAUCGAAGAACCCACACAGGGGAGAAACCUUUUGGAUGCUUAGAGUGUGGAAAGAGAUUCAGUCAGAGUAGCAGUCUUCAACUGCAUCAGAGAACCCACACCGGGGAAAAACCUUUUAAAUGCUCAGAGUGUGGAAAGAGAUUCAGUCAGAGUGUCACUCUUCAACAGCAUCAGAGAACCCACACAGGGGAGAAACCUUUUGAGUGCUCAGAGUGUGGAAAGAGAUUCAGUCGGAGUUGCAGCCUUCAACACAUUGCAGGGGAGCAAACGUUUGAGUGUUCCGAGUGUGGAAAGAGAAAGAAAGAGAAGGAACUACAAGCGGCCAUGGAGGCAAUGGAAGAAAGAAUGACUGAUGCUAUUCAAGAAAUGGGCAAACAGGUGAAGGAGUCGCUGAUAGAGAUGCAGAAAGAGGUGGGAGCGAUCCUGGAGAAAGAA